GCGGCCCGGCUCCGGCCCCGCCCCCAGCCCGUGCUCUUGGGGUUCCCGUCUCCAGACUCUGGAGAGGCGGGUAACCCGCUGGCGGGGCUGGGUUCUGAGCUGCUACAGAUCGUCGCAGGUGGCUACUGGAGCUGACUCCCAGCAUUGCGGUAGAGCUGCGCGCCCCCUUGCUGCAGCUUCUCCAGGCCGAGCUGGCUGGGCCGCGGAGCCGCACUCGCUACCCAUGGCGCGCUGUGGCCUCGCUUGACUCUGCGCUUUUGCUCUCAGAGGUACUUGGAGUCGGAGUCUGCAGGAUGCUGGAGAGUUGGUACGAGCUGGAGAGUUGGUACGAGCUAUCCACAAGACAGCUUGAACUUUCCUGGGGAUUCCUCUAUCAGCCUGUUAGAUCGUGUCGUGCGUUUCGCCAGAUACCAAAAUAAAAUAUUCCCUCCAGUGCCCUUUUGGAAUAUUAUGACUUCUCUCCUUAAAAACUGACCAACUCUUCCCACUGCCAGGAACUCUCUUGUCUUCAGAGUCUGGGAUAAAGGCUAGCAAAUGAGAAAGCUAUGUCAUUGCGGUCUUUCCAUCCCUAACACUCCCAGAGGGGCUUCGUUCCUACCAUUUUCCUAGCCUUCAGAAAUUUCUCCAGAGCAAUGACCCAGAAGACUUGAUCAAUUUACGAUUAGAGUGACAUUGUUUCCUGAGCCCCCAAAAUGGCAGCUAAAAUGGAGAUAACUUUGAGUACCCACACUGAGGAUUCUGACAAGCAAGAAAGACACAUAAUAAUGAAGCUGGAAGAGAAACGUGGGCCCCCUCAGCAAAAAGCCUGCACUGACCCUGAGCUUUCCCGCCAGAGCUUCAGACACUUUUGUUAUCAAGAAGUGUCUGGACCCCAGGAAGCGCUCUCCUGCCUUCGACAGCUCUGUAGACAGUGGCUGCAGCCUGAACUACACACUAAGGAACAGAUUUUGGAGCUCCUAGUGAUGGAGCAGUUUCUGGUCAUCCUACCUCCAGAGAUCCAGGCGCAGGUCAGGCAUCGAUAUCCAAUGAGCAGCAAGGAGAUUGUGACUCUGGUGGAAGAUUUGCACAAAGCAUCCAAAAAGCCAAAGCAGUGGGUGACUGUUUGUAUGCGAGGGCAAAAGGUGCUCCUGGAGAAAACAGGAACUCAGCUUGUAGAACAAGAACUUCCAGACUCUGAACCUCAAACUGCUAGCAGAGAUAUUCAAGAGAACUCUCUGGAAGGGCCUUCCGGGGGAGGAUCUCAUGACCAGCUGAGUCCCCAUCAUGGGGAGAAAUAUCCCUUCUAUCAGGAACCAGUCCCCAAAUUGACUGAGACAGAGGCCUCCAGGAUGAGAAGUGAGAAAGAAAACCCACAACAGGAGGGGGCAAAAGGAGCAGAGACACAUGCAGUGUCACCCGGGAGACCUAAAGGGGGUAGUCUGCACAGCCCUGAGCCAAGAGGGGUGAACAUGAGUGAACCCCGAUUGUCACAGAGGCAGGCCAGACCCCCAAAUGCUGAGAAGGCAUUUGCUCACUACCAGAGACAUUGCAGAGACCUGGACUAUAUCAGCAACCCCCUCCGAGGCCAUCCACUGAGAGAAUUAAAGAAAAGCAAAGGAGGCAGACGAAGUCUGAGCAGCCUUCUGCAGUGUCUUAGUCCCCAGGCAGCCCGCUCAGCCCAGAAACCCUAUAAAUGCGAUGACUGUGGGAAGAGCUUCACCUGGAAUUCAGAACUGAAACGACACAAGCGAGUACACACGGGAGAGAGACCCUACGUCUGUGGGGAGUGCGGAAACUGCUUUGGGAGGCAGUCAACUCUGAAACUGCACCAGAGAAUCCACACUGGGGAGAAACCAUACCAGUGCAGCCUGUGUGGGAAAAGCUUUCGCCAAAGCUCCAAUCUCCACCAGCACCACAGGCUCCACCAUGGGGACUAAACAGAUACUAGGUGCUUUAGAGUCCCAGGGAAGGGCUUCUUGUCUCUCCCUUACUUGCAUGUAAAUCACGGAGUGUCUUUUUGACCCUUGGGGAGUGAUGGAUGAGUACUGAUGGGGCCUGUCUGCAAAGAUGGCAGAUCUGGGGUUGGGGAAAGAGAGCUGCAGUCACUGCAGGGUAGGACUAGUUACUGAGGAGUAGAAUGAGCCACAUACUAGUAGAAGUCACACUAAUAGAAUGAGGAUGAGCCACAAGUGGUUUUAAUUAAUUAAUUAAUCCUCAAUUAAAUUCUCCUUGUUGCUUUGUCUUAUAAAAUACAGUUGUUUUUAUGUGCACACUUGAGCAGUUCACCAGAAUUCCAAGAAAACAUUCACUGAGAAGUCCACUAAUAGUCUUUCUGCAACUAACUUUUUUAUUGUUGGUGUUGGUGGUUUAUUAAUUAAUUUUUAUUUAUAUUUGAGACAGGGUUUCUCUACAUAGCCCUGGCUGUCCUGGAACACACUCUGUAGACCAGGCUGGCCUCGAACUCAGAGAUCUGUCUGCCUCUGCCUCCCAAGUGCUGGGAUUAAAGGCGUGCACCACCACCACCACCGGGUGGUAGAUGGCACUUUUAUUUAAAAAGUUGUAUUUGAGGGAUCCUUUUGUAUCAAAGUUCUUUUGAUUUACAAAAGAUGUUGCAACUCCAGCCCAAAAUAUAAGGAAAAGCCACAGGGAGAAGUGGCUACUGCUCUUCUGCUCUGGUGGACAGGGAACUUCUGCCUGUUCUUUCUCAAAUAAGCCAUUAGCUUUAAGACUGUGACUGGCAUUUUCACAGUGUUCACAACUGGAUUAUGGUGAUGGUUACAAAACUCAGUGACUCCAGGAAAAUUACCGAAGUAGGCUAAUUUAUGAUAAGUAUCUCCAUAGCAUUUUUUUAAAUGACAGAAUACUAUAUUUAUAUAAAAUGUUAAGAGUUUCAGAACUGGGUCUGAGACACCAUCCUCUUCCAAACUCUUGUUUUCUCAAAGUAGGAAGUAGAACCCAAUCAGUAUGACCCUAGGCAAGCCGACCUCUUUCCCAGUUCAGGCCAAUAAGAUGUAGUACCUUGUGUACAAAUAGGAGAAUGUGGCCAUUCUUCUAAAAGCAUCAGUACCAAGUCACGGCCUUUAUCUUCAAUAUUCAGCCUGUCCUUACCUCUGCCCUAGCCCACAUACAGUUCCUGGCUGGAGCCGUUCCAGUUCUCACCCCAACAGCACCACUGCCAAACACACAUACCCUUCCCUCGAGGCCAACUUCGCUGUUGUCUCUGGGUAACUUCUGUCUCAGUCAUGUUUUCUGUUUUCUGUUGGUGUUGUAACAAAUGACUGCAAACUUGGUGGGUUAACCCAAACCUUCUCUUAGACUACUGCAAGUUGAAGGCUGAAAUCAGUUCCGCUCAGCCAGAAUCACCUUGGGCGGGGCUUUCCUUUCGGAGACUCUGAGAGGUGGAUCAGUUUCCUUGACGUUUUCGAUAGCAGCCUCCUGCAUUCUUGGACUCAUGGCCCCUUCAUCCUCAAAGUACAUUCUUUGACUCUCCAUCUUGCCUAACCUUGUCUAACUCUGGCCCUCCUGAAUCACACGCCACUCUUGCUCCUAGGCAUCCCAUUGGUUCUGCCACAUUUCUGGGUCCAGCCUAGAACAUACUGGUGUCAGACCCAAGGAGAAAGGAAGCAUUGACAAUAGUGGAGGUCUAUACAUCUAAAGAGCAUUUUCCCAUCUACAGCAGAUAAGGUGUAAACCAGUCCCAGAAUACAGCUGUCCCUCUCAGUAAAAUUGGCAGUGACUCCUCACAGUACAAUAGACUGUAAAAAUUUCCCUCUGUUCCUAGAACUAAAAUGCUUCCUUUUUAUUGCUUCAUUGAAGUAUUGCACAUACCAGAAAACUUGUGCAUUUAUAGUAUACAAUUCAGUGGUCAAAGCUGUGCACUGUCAUCACAGUGUCAUUUUAGGACAUUGUCAGUAUCACAGAGAAAGUACUUUAAACAUUAGCAAUCCUUCCCUGUUCCCGUCACACCCUGUGCCUCUAGAGCACAGUAUUGUAGAGUCCAUACACAUUGUAUCACGUGCCAGGACUUUAUUCCUCUUAUUUCCUAGUAGUGUUGCAUUGUAUGAAGGGCAUUCAGUUCAUCCACUGAUGGGUGAACAUUGUGUAAUUGCACUCUGGCUAUUGUAAAUAGAAUAAUGCUGCUAUGAACAUUAAUAUUUAAGUUUUUAUGUUUCAUUCCUCUUGGGUACAUGCCUAAAGGUUGAAUUGCUAGGUCAUGUGAUAAUUUUCUGUUCAACUUUUCUAGAAAACACCAAAUUGUUUUCCAAAGUAGAUACACCACAGUUUACAGUUCAACCAGCAGUGUCCCAAGGUUCGUUUCUCCACACCUUCAACAUAGUUUAUUAUUGUCUUUUUGUUACUGAUCUUGUUUUUUUGAGACAGAGUCUCAUGGCUGGCAAAGAACUCACAAUCCUACCUGAGGAUGAUCUUGAACUCUUGAUCCUCCUGUCUCCACCUCCCAAGGUCAAGAUUGCAGGCAUGUGUCACCAUGUCCAGUGUUCCUGGAAUUUGUCUUUUGAUUAUUGUUACCCCAGUCAAUGUGAAGUGGUGUGUCAUGAUCCUGAUUUUCUCUUCCCUAAUGACUAAUGGUGUGUUUGUUUAUUGUAUGUAUAUUUGUUUUGAAGAAAUGGCUCUUCAAAACUCCCCUCCCCCAUGGUGUUUUGAGACAGGGUCUUGCUGUAUAGCCCUGGCUGGCCGAUAACUCACUAUGUAGAUCAGGCCAGCCAUGAACUUGAGAAAAUGCUGCCUGUUUCCAAACCCUGUUGAUUUUUGUUGUUUUUGAGACAGAGUCUUGCGGGACUUGCCUUGAAUUUGCAGCAAUCCUCUUGCCUCAGUCCUGAGUCCUGGGGUUACAGGUGUAAGCCACCAUAACUCUCUCUGGCCCUUUUAAAAUGGAUUAUUUGCCAUUUUUGUUGCUGAGUUGUAAGAAUUCUUUAAAUAUUCUGGAAUGAUGUCCUUAUCAGAUGUAUGACUUGCAAAGAGUUUCUCCCAUUCUUUUGUAAUGCACUUUUGUUUGUUUGUUUUGUUUUUUCGAGACAGGGUUUCUCUAUGUAGCCCUGGAUGUCCUAGAACUUAAUCUGUAGACCAGGCUGGCCUUGAACUCAGUGAUCCACCUACCUCUGCUUCCAGAGUGCUGGGAUCAAAGGUUGCCUUACCACUGCCCAGCUUGUAAUACACUCUUCUACAGUUGUUGUUGUUUUUGCAGUGGGGGUUGAUACAAACUCCUGUGUAACCCAGGAUAGCCUCAAAUUUGUUAUCCUUCUGUCUUAACCAAUGGAAUGCUGGGAUUAUUGGUGUACAUUCAUGACCAGCAGUACACAUCUGUAAUGGAAACAGCUGUCACUUGCCAAAAUCCAAGGGACCAAAUUCUCAAUUUCCUAAUUGCCAGUAAAACAACCUGACAUUCCUGUGAAUUAAGUUUAGGAUCCUUGGAACACAAUUUAUACCAGUUCCUCAGACUUCCCUGUGCCAACCAUGUGUGGUUCACAGUUCCUAAGGGAAAUUUAAGUAUCUAUUGAAAUAGUUCUGCUGUUUUGGCUUUGGAAUAAACAUGUUCCCACUGAAAUAAAGAUGGUAUUGCUUACUUCAUAAGCGACAGAUGUUGGUAAGUACUUGGCAUACAAGACAUUUUUGUAUUGGGGAUUAAACUCAUUUAAUUCAGCAAACUUGGAGAUUAUUUUUCUAUUGUUGCUAUUUUAGGGAGAAGAAAACCACAAUGUUCAGAAUUCAAAUACUCUAGCUCACAUCUCAUAGCCAGCCAGCCAAUUAGGAUAGGUCUGAGUUAUAGUUUGUUUCUUAAGUUUAUUGGGUCUUUGGUUAGUAUGGCUUGAUGUUUUGAGAUGAGGUCUCUCUGUGUUGCCUAGGCUGACCCCAAACUCUUGGGCUCAAGCAGACCUCCUGCCUCAGCCUCUUGAGUAUCUGGACAACAAAACACUUAUUAUUUUUUUUUCUGGGGUUUCUAUCUUAGUUACUGUUCUAUUGCCAUGGGGAGACACCAAGACCAAGGCAAUUUAUAAAAGAAAGCAUUUAAUGGGGGGCUUGUGUAGAGUUUCAGAGGGUGAGUCCAUUUCCAGCAUGGUGGAAGCAUGGUGGCAGGCAAGCAUGGCCUGGAGCAGUAGCUGAGUUUACAUCUACUCCAAAGGCAGCAGGCAGAGAGACAGGGACAGAGGGAGAGAAACCUCAAAGCCCACUCCCAGUGAUACCCUUCUCCACAAGGCCACCUCUCCUAAUCCUUCUAGACAGCCAAGCAACUGGAAAGCAAACAUUCAAAUAGAUGAGUGUCUGGGGGCCAUUCUCAUUCAAACUAUCACAGAUUUUUAUACAGUCUCACAUAAACCAGGCUAGCUUUGAAUUAUGUAGCCUAGGAUGAUUCUGAACUCCUGAUUCUUCUCUAGCCCAUAAGCCCAUUGAAGGUGUGUGCCACUGUGCCUGGCAGUUUUUAAAUCAACUGUACUGUCAAUUUGGGGAUCAAAAGUAUUGGGUAGUGUUCUCAGUGAGGCUGCUGAAAUUCUGAAGUACAAAAGAUGCCGGCCUCUGAGAAGCACAUCAGUGGAGUUGACUGAGGUAUUCUGGGUUUGAGCAAUGUCUAGAGAACAGAUUCUGGGUGGCUUUUCUGAUUUAGGUCUGUAUUGAACAAUGCCACUUGCGACUUGACUCCUCCAAGCUCUAUCAUCACAUAAAAGAUUUACAGGAUACAUUCCCAAGAGAGAACAUAGAUAGAAUGAAGAGACAACAUGUGGUCCAUCUGGAGGGGAGUAUUAUUCAACCAUAAGAAAGGAAAUACCGAUAUGCUACACCAUGUGUGCACCUACAAACAGGCUCAGUGACAAGUGUCAAAGUUCGUACAUGUAUGAUUUCAUGUAUGUGGAAUGUCUGGUUAGGCACAUACUACAGACAAAAAUAAUUAGUGAUUGCAAAGGCUAUGGUGAGGGUGGAGUAUGGGGUGAUUGCUGAUGUUUCUUUUGGGGGCUGUUGUUACACAACCUUGUGAAUAUAAAAAAAAAACUUAAUUGUGUACUUUAAAGGAUGAAUUUUAUUAUAUGAACUAUAACUCAGAAAAGAAGAUGAAACAACUUCACAGUUAAGUCUCUACCACAGGCCCCACAGCCAGCUGACCCAGUGCCAGGGCCAGUUGUAGCACCUACAACUCAGGGCAGCCAAGAAGAAUAUCCAAACGUGAAAGUUACGGUAAGACUUUACCAGGGAUAAUUGGGAUGUAUGAGGACACGAGCAUGUUUGUGAAGACCCAGGCUUGUCCUGAAGUAUGCCUCGAAAAGAAGCAGACUUGCACCCGCUUAUCCUUCAUUUCCACUCUCUGGGUGUUGGUGCAGGGUCUUGUGUAGCUGAGGAUGAUCUUGAGCUUCUGAUCUUCCUGUCUCCGUGUCUCUGUGUUUUGUGCAUGUGGAAGUCAGAUGACAACUUUGGGGAACUGGUUCUCUCCUUCCCCAUUAUACGAAUUAUGGGAAUCAAACUUAGGUCUUAGAUCUUCAGGCUUUCACAGCAAGCACCUUGACAUACCAAAGCUAUCUUGAUGGCCCCUUGUUUUUGUUUUCCGUAUCCUAUGAAACUCUCUUAUGCUCAAUUCUGUGAGACUAACUUCCCUUUCGUGACAUAUGGUUUCUAUAAAUAGUGCCUGAACUGAGAAUGCUUGCCUAGCAAUGUAUGAGGUCCUAAGGUCAAUCUCCAGGACUGCCCAACCUCUCCUCCCCUGAAAGAGAUAUAUGUACAAUACUCAAGGAAGAAAUUGGUAUAUUGAACUGGAAAUCCACAUGUAGCUAGACAGCAGGGGCAUCAAGGAAUGACAGGAACAGUUGUAUUGAAAACCUUAGAUGUUAUCCUAAAGACAACAGAAUGUCAGUGGAAAGUGCCAAGUUGAAUGAUGACAUAAUCAGAUGUUACCAGACUAUUUUAGUUAACUAAUGGAUAAAGUUCACUGAAUAGAUUUAGUUACUGUUGGAUAAAGGUAAGGAGAAGUAAGUAGAGAAACAGGUUUGGGAAAUAUUUGGGGGGGUCUUUGAUUUAGUUUUUGCUUUGUAAUGCUAGGACACACCACAGAGCCUCCCAUAUACUAAAUAAGCACUCUAUCACUGAGUUAUUUCCCCAACAGGAUUGAGAAAUAUUUUUGAGGUAUCAUUCACAGAAAUUCAUGGCAGAAUGGAUGGGGAGUUGGAGCAGCUUAUAAACAACAGAGAUGUUUUUCACAUUGCUAGAUGCUGGGGAGUCCAAGACUAGUGUGCUGGCAGACCCCAUAUCUGGAAAGGGCCAUUUUAUAUCCCCACCCCCAAGACAGGUUUCUCUGUGUAUCUCUGGCUGUCCUGGAACUAACUUUAUAAAUCAGGCUGGCCUUGAACUCAGGCCUGCCUCUGCCUCCCAAGUGCUGGGAUUAAAGGCAUGUGCUACCACCACUGGGUAGGUAGUGCCCUCUUGAUGGUUCCUCUAAGGUAGAAAGUGCUGGCUAGUGCUCUGAAGUUUCUUUUAUAUGGGAACUAAAUAAGGGUUCCACACUCAUGACCUAACUACCUUCCAAAGUUCCCCACCUUCUAAUACUGUCUAUCCUCUUGGAGCUAGGAUUCUAGCAUAUGAAUUUUGGGAGACAAACAUUGGAACCAUAGUGGGAGGGAAGGAAGAGGAGGUGCAAUUGUGUGGAUGGCGUACCAUAUACUGGAGGCAGAGGCUAAAUGCAUGCACAGUUUUGGACAGGUAUUUGGAUUUAUCAAAAAUGUUCAAAGGAGGACAUCUCAGGUACUUGACUACUGGAAUUGAGUGCAACAGAGAGGAGAAACAUGGACUGACAUCAGGUAAGUCAGUGCCGUCAUACAUGUGACUAAAAUCAUUCAGGGGAAACCAUUUACUCAAGGUGAGCCAAGUACACACUGUGACUAACCAGAAGCACAUUAGAUAGAACAAUGCUCCAAGGAACUAGCUGUGCUUCCAGUUCAGCUAUUCUAGAGGGGUAUGCGGGAGGAUCAGGACUGCUUGAGGACAUGAGGUAAAGGCUAGUCUGGGCAACAUAACAAAACAAUCUCAAAGUCAAUCAAGCAGCAGAUGUAGCAAAAGCAAGCUGCUGACGUAAGUUCCAGAGAAAAUGCUCUACCCAGAGCAAGCAAGAAGCUGAGGGGACAAAGCUGCUUCCUCUGGUCCAACAUGGUCCUUGCCUUCAUCGCAGUAUGGAGAUGAGGUCUUCAUAACACUACCCUUGCACAGACGCACUCAGACUUAGCCCGGAAUAACCUCAGGGCACAUCUCUGUCCAUAGCCCAGUUUCUGCUGAGACCCUAGAGUUGCUGGGUGGCCACGGGGCAGACAAUGCCUUAUCAAACUCCACCGCUAGACACCUAGCCCCAAAAGCCAGAGCAGUGUGCAAAACACUGAUAGAAGUGGAUACCUGAAGUGACCUCAGCUUCCGGCUUCCUGCCUGCCUGGUGAGGCAAAUAGCAUCUGGUAGGCAUUAGUUCCAACCUGUACUACUGGUAGCUGUUUAGCCAGCCUACAAUCACUUCGAGGUCACGAGAAACCAGAAGGGAAAACCACUUACCAUAUUCCUUCCCAGCUGGGUCUGUUUAGACAACCGCUACCCGGUGGAGCUAGAGGUACAUGGUCCUAUACUGCUACUGAAGACUGGAAUGUAGACAGACAUCUAGUGCUGUCUUAGAAUAAUGCUGGAACCUUAUACUGAAUUCCAGUGAACAAGACAUGUUGUUUCCUUUAUCAAGUGGGUAAGGUAAUUCAUUCACAUUCUCUAAACUACUAUCCAAUUAGCCUUUUCGAAUUAGCCUUAACUUUACUGCAACCUAAAAUCACUGAAGAAUACAUUUUAAAAGUUCACAGCCUUGCCAUCAUCAUAAAAAUAACAUUUAUUGGAUAAAUUGCACAUCAGAUACGCACAAUCACAAUUGAGAAACUUCAAUCUAGAGCUAAGACGAGAAUUCAUCAAAAACAGUAAGCUGAAAUGUUAAACAGAAGUGCACACAGAAAACCUAUUAACUAGGCAUCAAAAUACUAGACAUAGAAUAUUCAUAAGUUUAUAUAAAUGAAUAUGUUGUACUCCCUUUCUCCCUAGACAGUUCUUGCAGACAAGGAUCUCAAUUCAAAGAGACAAAACACCUGUUGUUAGUUAGCCUUGGAAAGAUCGGUAAUAGUUAUUUUUAUAUCACAUAAAUAGUUCUCGUAAUAUACAAGACUAAAACAGUUAAAUAUACACACUUAAACAUAAUUUACCUUUUAAACAAAUAGUCAAAGUAAAAGCAGUUUCCUAAUGAGAUCCCUGCAACAUUCAAAAUAGGUUCUUUUUUAAAGAAGCUAUAUAACCUACACCUCCCUUUGAAUACAUAUACAGUAAAUUAGAGAUUAUUUAAAGCAAAAUCUAUCUUUUCAGAUUGUUUGGCAUCUUACAUUACAGUCACCAGAACACUACUGCUUAAUUUUAUGGAACUUUAGGCAUCAAAGACAAAAAUGCUAUUUAACUGCCUGGGUUACUGGGCCAGCUGUCUUCAGGGUUACAGGGUCAUAUGAACAGAUUGGUAUUUGUAGCAGCACAAUUCUAGACAAAAUAUUUUGAGUUCAACUCCUUCAACAACAAAAUCUAACAUCACCUAAAUACAAAGUGCAAACACUAGUAUCUAAAUUCCACUGGGAGAUGCUGCUGUCAUCAAUGAUGACGGUUUAACAGAACCUGGUAUCCCCCCAGUUAUGUUAAAGAACUGUUUUAGUCCCAUUUUCAUCGUAGCAUCAACAAAACCCGUGAAGUUUGAGUUCAUGUUUUCAGUACCAAGUUUCCACACUUCAUAGAGUCAACAUCCCUCCUACAAUAUGUAGUUAGCUAAGCAUUCAUAGCAAGACUCUUACAUUCCAUUUUCUUAUCCCUUUAUUAACUGUAUCCAAGAAUUGUUAUUAGCACCUGACAUGACUUGCUAAUAUCCUGGGUUAAGAGCAACCAAUCUUUUGGAAUCUACUCCAGUUGGCAAUACAAUUAGGAGGAUGAAAAGGCCAUUAUCAUAAAAAUAGCCCAAAUAUCACUGGUAGACACAGUUCUUCCUUCAACUCCUUAGGGGCAGAGCAGCUUGAGAAUAACAUACUACUGCUGUUUUUAGGAACAAGUACACAAUAAAGAAAUAACUAAAAAUAUGACUAUUUCACAGUAACUAACAUUCGGUUUUUUCCUUUUUUCUGCAAACCAGUCACCAGUAAUAUUUCACCACAGGCCAUUUAAUUACUCUCACAUAUAGUAAUGAUUUUUGUAAAAAUGCCUUUUUUCUAAUCUUUUGUGGGUAAUCUUUCAAAAUCUGGAGAAUGCAGAAAACUACAAAUACUGAGAGAUAAAUUGUGAAUAGAGCUCCAACUAGAAGUGUGGGUUUCCAUGUUAAGAUGUACAGCAUAAAAUUCACCUUUUGUAUGUUCUUAGAAGGAAAAAAAAAAAGGGUGUGUGUGUGACAACUUCCAGUUGUUA